AUGCACGGCCCGGGAAUCAAACCCAAAGCUCCGCGGAUACACGACAGUGUACCGCACGCCGUGGUAGCUAUAUCGCGUCACACUGACAGCUGUGUCUACUACACGGACAUAAAUGAUGACGCAGUCAGCAAAAUAAUCAGACGGGCGCUGGGUGAGGGUGAGCAGGGAAUCCUGGACUAUAAUCUAAAAAUGGGAGUCAAGAAUAGAGAUGCGCCAGUUGUGGGCGCCCUUCUGGGUGGAGACGGUUCGUAA